CCUCAGUUUGUGUUUUGAUCUCAACUUAUUUGCACGUUUGACAUCCGUUGCGCGCCAAUUCGGUGGAGGCUGUUGCGAAUUUCGGACAUUUCUUCCGGUUUCGUGAUUGAGCAAUCCAAUACAGCAUUUGACUGCAAAUUUGAACCGUCUUUCGGCAGGAAAACUUUUCAAAAGCCACGGUAGAGUGAAAGUUAUUCUUGCAUUCACAUACAAAUCAGAUUCUCUGCUGAAGCAUUCUGCGAGAGUGGAACUUGGCAGACCGAGAUUCGGCCACAAUGGCAUACAACGAUAAUGCUUCGACUGGCCCAAUGAACAUCCGUUUGACGUGCCUGGCGGUUUUUGUCAUCACCCUGCUAGCCAUCCUCCCGGGCCCGUCUCAGGCGGCAAUCAGCGAUAAUGAAGCGCAACAAAUAGACGGGAAAAUUGUUAACCAAGGAACCGGAUCCGAGCAGAAGGCGAAUGGUCUCCGUUCCAGCAUCUUGGACAACAUCUUCAACAUUCCGAUUCAAACUUUGAAAGCAGUGAAUGAUUUGGUGCAGAGUAUUGCCGGCAACCUUCAAGCAGCUGGUUCGGGUAGCUUUUUCCGCAGCAAGAACGAUCUGAACAGAAGUAUCAACGUCAAUAUUGAUGAUGAUGACAAAAAAGAAAAGCAUUGAGUAUUUUUGCUGGAGGCAGUUACUAUGCAAUGAGUUAGAAGUAAUUAAUUACGCACAGAAAGCGAAGGAGUACGAACUAAGGAGGUUUCACGCAAAAACGUAGUUAGGUUGCAUCGACGAUGAUUGUAUUGUUAUAAGUUGUAACUGUGAUGUGGAGUAAAUAAGACAUAUUUUUUAUUUA